UGGAGCACUGACAACAACGCGACAUAACCUGCAAAAAGGGGCCGGGAGCUCAUCGAUUGAUGAGGUGCGGUUUGCGGUUUUCUUUCUCCCGACAGUUUUAAAAAACCGGCAACAUUCAGUCGCCAUCGGGAAACCAGGCGGCGAGCCAGGGUGCGAUGAAGGAACCCGAGGUGGACCCGAAGAACAUGAUAAAGAGCAGAGAGCUGCUCUACAGGCUGAUGAUCAGUCAGUUGUUCUACGAUGGUCAUCAGACGUUAGCCGUGCAACUGUCCAACAUGAUACAAGCGGAACCCCCGUGUCCACCCUCGGAUCGAUUGCUCCAUUUAAUGUUGAUUGGCGCCACCCACGAACCGGAUCGCUCCAAGAAGGAUAACAGCAACAAUAUGUCCACGUUCGCGUCGAGCUUCGAUAAUACUUUAGGACCUGGUUUGGACUUGGAAUUUGAGACGGAGACCCAGACACAGGCCCCGGAGCCGGCACAGUAUGAAACCGCGUACGUCACGUCUCAUAAAGGAAAUUGCAGGGCAGGAGCCUUCUCGGCAGAUGGGCAGCUGAUAGCCACCGGUUCUGUGGAUGCUUCCAUCAAAAUCUUAGACGUAGACAGAAUGCUUGCCAAGUCUGCGCCGGAUGAGAUGGCCCCCGGAGAUCAGACCGGAGGUCAUCCUGUCAUAAGGACAUUGUACGAUCAUUUGGAGGAAGUGACAUGUUUGGAAUUUCAUCCCAGGGAACCUAUACUUGUGUCCGGUAGUCGUGACUUCUCCGUAAAACUGUUCGAUUUUAGUAAAGCUAGUGUCAAGAAGGCAUUCAGGACCAUUACGGAUGCCGAUCAAAUACGUUGUCUCUCCUUUCAUCCCACUGGAGAUUUCCUCAUAGUCGGAACUAAUCAUCCAGUAGUUAGGUUGUACGAUGUGAAUACUGCUCAGUGCUUUGUGUGUAGCAUUCCGAGUCACCAGCAUACAGCCGGGAUAACGAGCAUCAAGUACUCACCAGAUGCAAAAACUUAUGCAUCGGCUGGAAAGGAUGGUAGCAUCAAACUCUGGGACGGUGUGUCGAAUCGAUGUAUAAACACCUUUGUGAAAGCGCACGACGGUUACGAAGUGUGCUCGGUGACCUUCACUAGGAACGGCAAGUAUUUACUGUCUUCAGGAAAAGAUUCCCUUAUAAAGUUGUGGGAAUUGUCUACUAGCAGAUGUUUAAUAGCGUAUACAGGUGCUGGAACUACAGGUAAACAGGAACACAAAGCACAGGCUAUCUUUAAUCAUACAGAGGAUUACGUAAUGUUUCCCGACGAAGCCACGACUUCAUUGUGCGCCUGGAAUUCUCGUAACGCAUCUAGAAAGCAGCUGUUAUCUUUGGGUCAUAACGGUCCUGUGAGAUUAAUUGUGCAUUCACCAACUGCUCCUGCUUUUCUGACAUGCAGCGAUGAUUUCAGAGCAAGGUUCUGGUUUCGAAGAAUGCCUACUCACUAAUUUUAUUAAAUCGAAGAUAAAGGACACUUUAAGAAAUCAUGGCAUAUACUUUCUAAUUUUCAUCUUUGUGAGAAGGUAAAAUUACAAAUGUAAGAUAUACAUAUUAUGCAUGUAAGAAUUUGAUAUGGUAUCAGAUAUGUCAAUUAUUAGAAAAAUGUUACAUAUUUA